GUUUUUGCGCCAUAUCCCUUGCCCCCAUUUGUUUACCUCUCACAGUUCUCUGAGAGUGCAUAUCUCCAUUUCUCCACUUCGUCUACUGUCGUCCGUCGCGUUACCGUCCAAUAGUCUCCACAACACGACGCCCGCAACGAGAGACCCCUUGCGUCGAGCACCACUCCCCAUCGUCCAAGAAAACAAGCCAAACGCCUCAGCCCCAAGCCGCCGCCUCACUUUCAAAUCGAACGACCACGACACGUGACAGGAUUAGAUGAGAAAGCCGCCCACCUCUAGAAAGACGCGGCGAGAAAAUCAUGUUCUUCGUCAGUGAAUAAGAACAGCAGUGACCCUAUCUCCAGUUCUCUAACUGCACAUGGAGCGAUGGCUACAAAGAAUCUACAAAAUAAGAAAGCAGAUGGAAAAUCUCAAGUAACCUCUAAUGGCCUACCGAGAAAGGAUGCUCUGAGUGGCUCAAAAUCACAGCACAUCAACCAAUCGGGUUUAUCUGUAGCAAGAAAAAAGCAUGUCCAUGCUCAGGUUGAAGAGUUGAACCUCGGGUCCAGGGUGUGACCACAACAACAAACAAUGUUUUACUCUCAAACAUUUUUGGCGCGAAAAGGGCCACUGGGAACGGUGUGGUGUGCCGCUCAUCUUCAACAUCGCCUCAAAAAGUCUCACUACAGUUCCACCGAUAUCCCCUCCACCGUCGAUCGAAUCAUGUUUCCGGAAGUUCCCAUUGCCCUCAGAAUGUCGGGCCACCUUUUAUUAGGUGUUGUUCGGAUAUAUUCGAAGAAGGUGGAUUAUUUGUUCCAGGACUGUAAUGCUGUUUUGAAUGGCUUAAGAAAGGCCUUUGCGUCUAUAGAUCUCAAUUUGCCGGAGGAUGCUAGACAGGCACCGGUUCAGUCUAUCACUUUGCCAGACACGUUUGACCUCGAUACGUUGGAUUUGGACCAUGAUAUUUACGAUGAGGGGUCCCCAGAUAAUCACCUCAAGAGUCGAGAGGAGAUUACUUUAGCAGAUCAAAUUCCUAUUGGAAGAGACCCUUAUGUUGCUAUUUCUUUUGAUGAGGAUUUCAUGAUGAUGGAUUCCUCACGUCCAGAAGUGUUUCCUGACUCUGAUGUCAGGCUGAUGGAUGGCAUUCUCCCUUCACCUCCGGUGAAUGGUAAUGAUGGAUUUCAACAUCCCGAUCUCGAUCCAAGUAAUCUGAGGGAACAACAUAACUUGAGGCUUAGCAAUGACGAGAACCCUCAAAGUUAUCCACAUGAUGUGGAAUCUCGAGAUGAGAGUCCAAGUAAUCAGACAGAGAUGCUUGAUAACGAUGCCGAUAUCCCCCAAGAUCUUCCAGAGAGGGAAAUACUACGUGAUUCUGUUCAUGGUUUUGGCUUAGAAAACCUUCCUCCAAUAUUUCCAGAUUCUGGGGACGACCUAGGCGGAAUGAACAGAUCCUUAGACCAAACAAUGAAUGAGAAGGAAACCUUCCCUCCAAUCAUGGAUGAAAAUUUAUUGUCUGUAGGGCAGUCUUUACCAUUUCAGCAACAUUCAGAAUCACCACCUUCUGCAGCUUCCCAACCGGCUACCGAGAUUUUUGAUGCACAUGUUUCAUUGAGUGUGCCAAUGGAUAUUUCUCCUGGGCUAGGGAUUAUUCGAUCAACUCCACCUGUUAAGCAGCCAAAAGCAAGAAAGAAGAAGAGAAAACAAUUCUUUGAUGAGUCCACAGUGUUGACUAACAAACUUAUGAAGAAGUCUCUUGAAGAUUCUAGUGAUUUAUUGCGGAAGAAAAGGGAUGCCCCUUGCUCUACUUUGGGUAUCUGGAAGUUAAACAACACUUUACGAAAGGAACAAGUUUUUCACCAGCCUUCAUUGACUGGGUUGUGUUUGGAUCUCUGUGAUAUUUUCAAGGACCUCACAUCUACAAAACCCCAUCUCAUUUUCUCUGAGGAAACUUUUCCAGAUCCUAAAAUUGCAGCAUCUCCUGCUUCAACAAAUGAAGCUUUCCUGGAGCCGAGGGUUUCACAAUCUCCUGCUUCAACAAAUGAAGCUUUCCUGGAGCCGAGGGAUGCUCAAUCUCCUGUUGUUGUGCCUGAACUUGACAUGGAAAUUGAACGUCCUCGAAAUAUCGAAGCCUUUGAUGGCGGCAGCUUCUUACCUGAAUUUGUGCCAUCCCAAGCUAGAUUCACGCCUUCUCCUAUUAGAAGAUGUGACUUUACUCCUGCAACAACCAUUGAGACCAGGGUAUCUACACCCCAUCUAGCAGCAUCCACCGGAACUGGUGGGUCUGAGAAGAGAAGAAGAAUGACAUUUUCAGAGGAGCAUCUAAGUCUAAAGAACACUGGUCUCUCAGACAUUCCCGGUUUGAUGAAUUCUGCCGAAGCAGAUGACCUUUACUUUUUGGAAGAAGAUAACAAUACCCCAACAGCAGGAUCACAAGGAACGGGAAGAAUAGAUUCAUUGUCUGCAAGAACCAGGGCUGUUGCUCAAUAUUUAAAAAGACAUUCUCCUUUCAGUGCAAGCUCAGAAGGUCUAUCUGGAGAUCUCAUUUUGAACAAGACUUUAGAAGGAAGGACAAGAAAGUUAUGUGCCCGCAUGUUUUAUGAGACGCUUGUUUUGAAGAGUUAUGGACUUGUCGAUGUUCAACAAGAAGAACCUUUCAGCGAUAUUCGUUUGAAGUUGACGCCUACGCUUUCGAAGACUCAAAUCUGAGUUAAAAAGUUGGGCCAUGUGCUUACAUUGCCUUCAUGUAUAAAGGUAAGAUCUAGCUACUAUUUAUUGUACAGUGCAAAGGUUGAUACAGUGGCGUCCAACACCUUCAUCGGCAUUCUUUAGGGCUAGGUGUGGAGUGGAUUAUACGUUCGUUUUUGUUGGGGAAGAAGGAUGGAAGAACGUGUAAUUUAUAAUUAAAAGGGAAGUGAAAAGUGUUUGCUAGUUUGUGUGCGUGCGUGCGUCUCCGAUGCCCUUCUUAU